UUCGGAAUCUCGAACACCGAUAUUGAGACGAAUUCAUGAUCUGACGUCGAAGUAAAGGUAACUCAUUCACGGACACACCCAUACUGCCCAGUUUUACUUUCACUGCUCAGCCCGCACAUAAGCCUACCGUUUUAUAUAAAUCACCGCUUCCCAGCCUCAUCCCCACCAACAUCUUCACACGCUCGCACAUCUAUAACAUACGCACGAUCUCUCCUAACUCUGCCCCAAACACUAUCAACACCGCUCUAUCUGACAGAAUGCCUCCCAAGAAGAAGGUCGCUGCUACCAGCGAAGGUGCAGAGAACGGCGACAGCAACGACUCAACAUUCCGAUGGACAGCCGAAAACGACCGUACUCUCCUUAUCCUCACGCUCGGUCGCACCCUAGGGCCGGAUGACUACCACAAGCUUGUCGAAGCCUUGCCUGGCUCAAACUACAACGGCGUUCGCAUCCGCGUGUCCAAGUAUCGCGUCGAGCAGCGUAAACGCUUCGAUGAGCUGGGCUGGGAGAUGCCCGAGGGUGUGAAGGCGCCUGCUACGCCGCGCAAGAAGGAGCCGGCGACGCCACGCAAGAAGCGGGAUGCUAGUGAAGUAGCUGGCGGGGACGAUGGGGCGGAGACUCCUAAGAAGAAGCCUAGGGCGAAGAAGACUAAGAAGGUGGAGCCGGAGCAGGAGGCUGACGUUGAACAUGAGGUGUCGGCAAUGGAGGGUGCGGUCAAAGAGGAGGAGGUUAAGGAGGAGAUGGUCAAGGAUGAGGUGGAUGAGAUUUGAGUGUCGAAGAAACUACAUGGGGUUCUUGAGGAUAGUGUGGGCAUCUUGCUUGAUAUGCGCCACAGAAAAUGUGUGGUUUUGUGACAUGAUUGGCAAGUAUCUUGAGAAGACAGACUAUGAAAUUGACA